AUGAUUGGAUAUGCAGUCGAUCGGUCAAGUGAAAAGGAACCUAUUCCACAACACUUUCUCUCUUUACGUAUUCAUUCUUUUUUUUUCUUUUCUUUGUUUCUUCCUUACUUUCUUUUAUUGUUCUUUCUGUUUAUUUCUCUUCUUUUCUUUCUUUUCUUUUCUUUCUUUCUUUCUUUCUUUCUUUUAUUCUUUUUUUCUUCAUAUAUUCGUUCUUUCUUUUCGUUUCUUUCUUUCUUCAUAUAUUUGUUCUUUCUUUUCGUUUCUUUCUUUCUGUUAUUCCUUCUGUCUUCAUAUCUUCGUACUUUCUCUUCUUUUCUUUCUUUCUGUUACUCAUUCUUUUUUCAUAUAUUCGUCCUUUCUUUCAAGGGCACUGUACUUUUUUUUCCUUGUCUUCUUUUAUACCCCCUCCGUUACCGUUCGUUCUGCUAUAUUUUAUUCUUUUUACUAACCUUCAUUCAUUCAUUCAUUCUUUCUUUCUUUCUUUCUUUCUUUCUUUCUUUCUUUCUUUCUUUCAUUUUCGAUCCGCAGUCACUGUGCGUCAGCAUUCAGAAAUUUCUUCAACCUACCUUCCUUUCACAAAAUCAAUAUUUCAAUAGCCAAACAUUUAUAAUCUUUCUUUCUUUCUUUCUUUCAAACGUACAAUUCUUUUUCUCUUUCUUUCUUUCACAGAUAUUAAUUUUGCUUCGUCAGGCACACCUUUCUUUCUUUCUUUCAAACGUACAAUUCUUCUUCUUCUUCUUCUUCUUCUUCUUCUUCUUCUUCUUCUUCUUCUUCUUCUUCUUCUUCUUCUAUCACACAAAUGAACAAAUUCAAGGUGACAAGAUCCGCUUUCCAAAACUCCAGAGAGAAACAUUUGUCCUGACAACGUUCUCUUUGCUUUAG